AUGUCCCUCAGCGUCGACCAACUUCUUGCAGAGUCAUCUAGUGAUGAGGAGGGACCAGCGUCUUCUAAAGAUGGAGCCCUUGGUGAUAAGCCGGAAGCCAAGAAGGAAGGGGCCUGCACUUCCCGAGCGCCGACACUAGCGGAGGCCCUCGCCCAGGCUGACUUCUCUGAGGACGAAGACGAGCUUGGGCCGCCGCAGCAGCAGCGGCAUCCCGAAGCAGCUGCUAGGCUGGGGCCAGAGGGCUCCUCACGGUUGGGCACCGUGCCGUCUGAAGGACGCGUGGAUGAUGCAAGUGAUGGCUCACAGGCCAAGACUGGGCAGAUGGUUGGCCUUGAUGAGUUGCUGGCGAUGGACUCGGAGACAUCCAGUGAAGGCGGUAAGACUCAUGAGACGCAGCCGAGGCAGCUUGCGGCAACAACAGAAGACGGUGUAGCACCACCCGAGAGGCAAAUUGCUGAUGGGACCACAGAUGUCUCAGGUCAAAGGGAUCAGAUGGAGGAAUUCCUUGAAGCUCCUUUCACAUGGUCUUCGGAGCACGAACGAUCCUUGCUGUUUGCGCCCGGCGCAGCACAUGGACAUUCGACAGACUUCAACGACCUUGGUCCUGGAGAAAAAGUGACAGUGGCCCAAUCUGCAGCAGAGGUGCGACCUCCCCAAUUGGUCGAGGUGAAGCCCAGUUCGGAGCUUCGACGUCAGCUGGCUCAGGAAAUUGGGCUGCCCACCUGUGUUGCGGCAAGCAGCAAAGUGGUUGCGGUGGGAACUCUGAGGGGCUCCGUGGCACUGCUUGAUCAGCGCCUGCAAGAUCUUUCCCCGAAGCCGCAGGUCUUGACCCUGGGUGAGGAGACCUCGGCUGUGACGGCUGCUGCGUUCUCACAAGAUGGUGGCAGUUUGUUGGUGGGGCACAAGGCAGGACAUGUCGUGCUGUGGGACCUAGCGGCACCAAAGAUAGCCUGCAUGGUGCAGGAGCUGCACUCCAGUGCAGUUAUUUCCUUGGCCUUUUGCCGUCCCAGCUGGCAGUAUGCCCUUUCUGCAGAUGCCAAGGGUUGUGUUUACUUUGUCACCUUCUUCACGGGCACAUUUGGACGUUUGGAUUUUGAAAAGCAGCUGCUCAUCGAGCAAUCCUCCAACAUUGGCGUCGCACUUCGUGUGUUGCCAUUACUUCAGAUUUCUACCCAGACUCAUCCUGCAGAUGCCCGCUGUUUGGUGGGCCUUUGUGCGAGCAAUGCCACGGUACUUCUGACCCUCCAUCCAAGCGCGCAGGUCGUGCAAAAGAUGCAGUACAACGCCAAAGAUGCGUCGUGGGUUCCAGAUGCAGCGUGGCUUCGACGUGAAAGUCAGGAAAUCGCAGAGCCAUCGCAGGCGGAUUCUGCUGAUCCACAGCUUUGUGUUGCAUAUGGGCAGACUAUCCACCUGAUGCGGGUGAUGCAUGUGGAGCGUGAUGGCAAAGAGGAGUUUCAGGUCUCAGUCGUAGGCCGCUUCUCUUGGGGAUCACCCUUGCGUGGCCUCAUUGCAUUCACGGAUAGCGUCUUGGCAAUUCUUGAUGCUUCCGGCAGGCUCAGUGUGGUGCAGCUACCAGACACUGCUGGGUUGUCGACCACUCCAACGUCAUUGUCUGCCGUGCAUACCGAGGAUGUGACACACUGGUCGUUGGUAUUUCACACCAGCCAAGAAGGGAAGGACAUUCGCUCUCAUCACAAUGCUCUGGCUGUUUUUCGCGGACGUGCUCGAACACUUUAUGUUUGUGGCAUGAAGGAGGUGUGGUGUCUGCAGAUCGCUCGUUGGGGUCAACACAUUGAGUCUCUCGUGUCAAGGAAUGAUUGGUCAGCAGCACUUAACGUUUUUUUGAGAUUGCAUCGUGGUUUCCUGCCGCCACUUCUGGACUUUCCGCAUCAAGCAGCCUUGCGCCAGCGAGCGGUGGAGCUGCGCACAACGCAGGUCAUCCAGUCUUACCUGGUGAACACUCUGCGCCCAGACGCUGACCGUUCCAAGGUGCGAGAAAUUUGCUCGACGGCGGUUAGCGUUUGUGUUCAAGCACAGCUUUGGCCGGUGCUGCACAAGACCGUCUUCGAGUGCUUCAAGGCCACUGGCCACAUGCACGUCUACUGUGCCUCCCUGGAGCCCUUUAUUUUGGAUGCCAGGAUCCCUCGUGCUGAGAUGGACUCCGAGGUCCUCUCCAGCAUCCUUCAGUCCUACACUUUGCCACUCCAAGAGGAAGAGGUUGAGGCAGCGAAGCUGGCGAAAGACAGCCAAGGCGGACCCUGCUUCGUUGACUGCGACCACUUCCCGGAGCUCUUUCCCGUGGCACGCAGGCUGCAACAACUGGUGCUAUGUGUGGAUGUUGCAAAGCUUGACCUGAACCUGGCCAUCCGGCUGUUUACACAGCACAGAUUGUGGACCGCGUUGGUUCAUGUAUACUGUGUUCUCGGAGAUUAUGUGACUCCACUGGAACUUCUUGUCGGAGAAUGUGCACAGCUGGCAAAGGCGUGUACACCAGCCCGUGUGUGCUCGGAGGAAGCACCCUUACUGCAGUGCCGCUUGGUUCGGAAGUUGUUCUUCUUCCUUCACCAAUGCUUCGAGUUACGGCCAUUUCCGCUUGAUUCGAAGGAUGUGGCCGUGCCUCCAAGCGCGAUCACAGAUUUGCUGGCCUGUAUCUUCAAAGUUCCACCUGAUCCAAGUCAGAAGGUUCCCCCGAUGUUUCAACGCCUGCUGCGGCUGUCUUCCCUGGGCCUGUUUCGCACUUUGUCAUUGCUUUUCACCUCGCCGUCUGGAAGCCGUGCAGUUCACCAGGGGGACUGGUCUGGACAGGAGGACAGUGGCCUGGAAGGUUUGUUCCACUUGAUUCGGUCGUCGCUAGAUGCUGUCAAGGAGAACAGCCCCCUUUCUGCUCACACCCAGAAGGAGUAUUUGUGGUUUGUGGCAAGAUCCGUGCCUCGUGCAAAACCUCAGCUAAGUGUAGAGGAGGUCACGCAGGUGGUCGAUCAUCUGCUGUCCUGGCCCCUUAGAGGGAGAAGGCAGCGGUCUGAAGCAGAGCAACUUCUGAUCGGCGUCUUGGCCACGCAGGACUUUGACAACAGCCAACUCGAUGCUAUCAUUGUGAAGGCAAUGACCGACUUCCUGGGGCUUGCAGCAUGGUUGCAUGAGAGGCGUGGUGAGUUCGGGAAGGCCCUGGACUGCAGGCUGCAGGAGCCGGAGCUGCGAGAGCAAAUCUUCGAAUACAUCAUCACAAAACUGGAUGAAGUAGGUGCUCCUCUUGUGGAAGCCACCCUUCAGAGACUCCAGGAGUUGGUGGACGUAGACAAAGAACGAUGCUCUUUGAUGCUCUGCGAGCAGUUUGCCACAGCGGACCACGCGCUUGUGUUGGAGCGCUUGAAGCAGUUUCCUCAGAUGGAGAUGAACUACUUCGAGGCCUUGUUCAGCCGCCGCUUUGGUCUUGCGGACCGGCAGGCGUUCUUCAACGAGCACGUAGUUCAUUACAUUGACUUGUUGUGCCAACACUGCCCUGAAACCGUUCUGCCGUUCAUCCUGGAGAACGAGGCUUUGCCGCUGCGGGAGUGCCUCGAGCUUUGCAGCAGGUACGGUGUCACUGAUGCUUCGGUGCAUCUCUUGGAGCGCACUGGUGACUUUGCCGGCGUCUUGCAGCUGGUGUUGAAUGAUUGCCAGGACGCCACGGAGAAGCUCUGCGUGUCUUUCGCUGGCCAGGGGACGGACCGCAGCGCUGUUUCAAAGGCUGUGAAACGCCUCUUGAACGGUGCCGAGGGGCCUGGACACCGAGAGGCAUGGUACGAGGGCUUUCCGGAGGCCCAGAAGUGCAUGAAGAUCUUUCAGAACGCCUACGAGCUCACUUCGAGGAACUCGAACAUCAUGACAGAGGCCCAACUGGAGGAACUAUGGUUUGGCAUUCUGGGUCUCACAGUUCGCAAGCAGGAGAGCCUGCAUGGUGGAUGCAUCGGGGGAUUUUCUGAGCGUCGACGGCUUGCCUUAGGGCUUGCUUUGCAGGAGCUAGCCUCCAAGGCCAUGUCGGCGGUCUUGGCUUACCUGUCUUUGCCGCGUUGUCUCAAGUGGAUGUGCGCCGAAUUCGGCCAGUCGACCCUAGCUACGUGGAAGGGCCCGCUGCAAAGCAUGCUGUCGGGGCUUGGCUUUCAGCAGGGCCUGCUCAAGGCUGCUACGGCGGUUGCGGCUCAGGACGUAAUGAGGCCUUUCAUCGCCCUCAAAGUCUGUGGAAGCAGAGGGGCCCUGAUGGCGCCAAGGCAUGAUGUCGGAGAUGUACGGAUUCCCCUGGUCUCCCCAGCAAAGGCCCUCCGUGAACAUGGCAGGGGUCCACAGUGA